UUUUCAGAGGUUUUCAUGGUGAGAGAGAAGCAAACAGGAAAACUGUAUGCCCUGAAAUGUUUGAAGAAAAAAUACCUCACUCACAGCAAUCUUGAAAAUGAAAUCAAUGUACUGAGAAGGAUACAGCAUGAGAAUGUGGUGGGACUGGAGGAUUUCUAUGAGAGUCGAACGCACUAUUACCUGGUCAUGCAACUGGUGUCAGGUGGGGAGCUGUUUGAUCGCAUUUUAGAAAAGGGGGUUUUUACCGAGAGGGAUGCCAGCACAGUGAUCAGACAGGUUCUGCACGCUGUCAGCUACCUGCAUGAAAACAGCAUUGUACACAGGGACCUCAAGCCUGAGAAUCUACUGUAUGAUAAUACAGAUGAGAAUGCCAAGAUCAUGGUCAGUGACUUUGGUCUGUCUAAGACGCUGGAGCAUGGUGUGAUGUCUACAGCCUGUGGUACACCAGGAUAUGCUGCCCCUGAAGUUUUGGCCCAGAAACCCUACAGCAAAGCAGUGGACUGCUGGUCUAUUGGUGUUAUUACCUACAUCCUGCUCUGCGGUUACCCUCCAUUCUUUGAAGAUAACGAGACUCGUCUGUAUUCAAAGAUCAUGAGAGCUGAGUACGCCUUUCAUUCACCUUUCUGGGACAACAUCUCUGAGUCAGCUAAAGACUUCAUCAGGAAUAUGAUGGAGAAAAACCCCACAAAACGCUUCCUCACUGAGCAGGCACUCAGACACCCAUGGAUUGCGGAAAACACAGCCAAAGAUGUGGACAUUUAUCAGUCUGUCUGUGAACAGAUGGAGAGAAACUUUGCCAAAUCCAAAUGGAAGCAAGCCUUCAACGCAGCCUCAGUUGUCAACCACAUGACGAAACUGCACUUGUCCCACAAUGAGCCGGCCCCCUCACACCUCUGCACGCCCAAUAUCGUGGUACAGGCCUCCUCCCACAAUGACACGGAGAUGCAGGAACUCUGCCACGAUGAGGCCGAUGCCCUCGACCCAAAUGGGAAUCCUGUUCAUGAGACCAAUCAUCUGUCCUGUACUGAUCCUGAGCUGAGCAGAGGUCUCUGUCCCCCACUGAGAGCCUGUCACAGUGAGGUCAACAACUUGCAUCCAGAGGUCGACGCUCCUUUCAGGCAGUCCAAGAGCAUGGACGCUGUGACGAAGGACCACUCGUUUCAGUCUGGAGUGUGUUCUGUCAUGUGAUUGGCUGGUUAACCUGAGAGGAAUCUGCAGUGUGUUCCACUGAGUUGAGGGCCCUCUUGAUAUGAAGGCGUUGUUCUGCAGCUCAGCUUAUUCAUGUCUGCUGUGGUUCUUUGCUGCAGAGAACAUGUUCCAUCGACAGACACAUACAAUAUCUGCACUUUGAAAACACUUUAACAUGGAAUAUAUGUCAUUAACACCACAUUCAACACAGACACAAGCAAGAAUUCACCCUUUGGAAUUCAUAAAAUUGUGCUAGGCUGAUGACAUCUAUUUUUCCUCAAAACUAUUACUAUCUAUUUUAUAUUCAUGUCAACAUGUAACUAAAUACCUAUGAAAUGUUCGUAUGCAAUGGUUUUUUUUGUUCUAUUUGACUGACAUGGCUGUACACUGAAUUCCAAUAGCUUGCAGGCUGAUAAGCUCUUUUAGACUCCGAAACUUCAUAUCAUUGUCUUCUCUGUAUAUCUUUUUUAUUGAACUGUAUAUUCGCUGUUCGAUACUAUAACAAAAUGUAUCUUUAACACUAGUUAAGUCCAUUGAUGGAUUAUACAUUUAGUUUCCACUUUACUCAAACAUGAUGGUUCAUUUUGUUUAUUGCAAUGUUUUAUUUUGAUGUGGAGUCAUUAACACACAGCAACUGGGUGUUGCUGUGUUUUCUGUGAUAAGCUGCUCUCUUGUUAAACAACAAAACUCAUCAAGUGCCACAAUAUGGUGUAUAGAUGCUGUCAACACUAUUGUCGUCAUGGAGGAUUCUCAAUAUAGUGACAUAUGUGCAUGCAUGUAUUAUUUUAUCAAAAAGUAUGAACAGUCUAGUCUUGUGCAAAGUAUUAG